AGAGGAAGAAAACGGCUAGAGGCGAGGAUCCAAGUCGGGCAGAUGUGUUUAUAUUGACCCAUACGUGCAAGAGUGGUAGGCCUGUGGAUGAGGCUUCAUUAAGAGUAAUGGAACAACUUAAUGAACAAAUUUCUUAGCAGCCCGAUACCUCACAGAAUAACACAGGAAGGAAUGACUUGUUCUCUCAAGUAAUGGGAGAAGAUCGACAUGGCCGAGUCUGCACUUAUGGGUUAGGCCCCACUCCUACUGAUUUGUGGGGAACAACACGUAGCCAAUGAAGGAUUGCCUCCACUGCUCAGAGUAGAAAUGAAGAAUAUGAGGGACUGCAAAUUGAAGUAUCAUCCCUAAAAUCGGAAGUAUCAUCCCUGAAAUUAGAAUUUUCAUCUUUUAAAGAAUCCAUGUCGCAGCUGAUAUCCUCUAGGACAAAUCUGAAAUCCCAAGUAUCAGAUAAUUCAUCUAAUCUCAACCUAAACCAACCGGCCUCAUCAUCAAGCCAGGGACACUUAGCAAAAAAGGGAAAGACUACGACUUGCAGUAGUACCGGGGACGUAAUCGAAGUUCUUCUUACUAGUAUCCGUGGGGUUACUGUCGCUAGAGGGAUUGUCUUGAGUAAGGAUCCGCUCACAAAAGUAGGCGAGUUCCCACUUGGAAAUGGUUUUUGGGAAGUAUAUAUUCAGGUGGCAACUGUAUGUGAAGAGACUUUGAUGAGACCCUAUGGACGAUACAGAACAAUUGGGGAUGCGGCUGGAACAAGUAUUUGUUGGCCUGAUUGUUGUUGUUUGGUUGUGACAACUAUGGAUUGAGCUAAAUGGAGGGAUCUCUCUCUCUCUCUCUCUUUGUUAUU